GCUCCCGCCCCGCUCCGCCAUCAUGAAGUCCUGAACAAAAACGGUAGAGAGUCGAGCAAAAUGGGGAUAACACGAACUGUUGAUGAAAUCCGCCGGCAGCAUUACCGUAAUGACAGUGCAAAGUGCUGAGCGGAGCGGAGCUGUCCAUUUGAAUGAACCAGCUUUCCACUGAAAGCGCCCCCGGCAGCUCUUGGCGUUGCGUUAUUUAGUUAGCAGCCAGAGCUAGCCGCUGAUUUUCUCUGGAAGACGGCGCCGCUGCUGCUACGUUAGCUGGCAGGAGACAGUCUGGCUAGCUGUCACCUAAACUGACUGCCACUUGACUCAUGUCAAGUCGCACAGGCGUGCUAGCUGUCCAAUUGACUGGGAGCAUCAGGAUGGAGAGGGGUUUAAGUAAAAGCAUCGACAGGCAGAAUGCGGUUUGUUCGUGUUGAAUAGACACCAGCGCCGAGGAAAGAGGAGUGAAUAUAUUUUCCAGCCAGGCCAGUUAGCUAGCUCCAGAGCUAGCUACAGUGGAUCCCAAAAGCCACGGCGCUGGCCAUGCCGUCGAGUGUGCGGGCCGGGAGCCUGAAGGACCCGGAGGUGGCUGAACUGUUCUCAAGGGAGGACCCUGAGAAGUUCUUCACAGACCUGAGGGAGAUCGGCCAUGGGAGCUUCGGGGCAGUGUACUUUGCCCAUGACAUCCGCACAAAUGAGGUGGUGGCCAUCAAAAAAAUGUCAUAUAGUGGCAAACAGUCCAACGAGAAAUGGCAGGAUAUCAUCAAGGAAGUGAAGUUCCUCCAGAAAUUACGCCACCCCAACACUGUGGAGUAUCGUGGCUGCUACCUGAGAGAACACACAGCCUGGCUGGUGAUGGAGUACUGUUUGGGUUCAGCUUCUGACCUCUUAGAAGUCCACAAGAAGCCUCUCCAGGAAGUGGAGAUAGCUGCCAUAACCCAUGGUGCAUUGCUGGGAUUGGUGUAUCUUCACUCUCACAACAUGAUUCACAGGGACGUGAAGGCCGGAAACAUCUUGCUGACAGAGCCGGGUCAGGUCAAACUGGGAGACUUUGGCUCAGCCUCUAUUGUCGCUCCAGCCAACUCCUUCGUGGGAACACCUUACUGGAUGGCCCCGGAGGUGAUUUUAGCCAUGGAUGAGGGUCAGUACGACGGGAAGGUAGAUGUGUGGUCACUUGGCAUUACCUGCAUAGAGCUGGCGGAAAGGAAGCCUCCUCUGUUCAACAUGAAUGCUAUGAGUGCCUUGUACCACAUCGCCCAGAAUGAGAGCCCUGUGUUGCAAUCUAAUCACUGGUCGGAUUAUUUCCGCAAUUUUGUGGACUCCUGUUUGCAGAAGCUUGCCCAGGACAGACCUACCUCUGAUGUGCUGCUCAAGCACCACUUCCUAUGCAGAGAGCGUCCCAUGACAGUUGUGAUGGACCUGAUUGCACGCACCAAGGAUGCUGUUCGUGAGCUGGACAACCUUCAGUACCGGAAGAUGAAGAAAAUCCUCUUUCAUGAGGCGCACAAUGGUCCGGCACCAGAAGGAGGCGAUGAGGAAGAGGAUGUGGAGCAGUAUAUGCUGCGCACUGGCACAGUCAACAGCAUGGAGAGCUCCCACUCUCUGCCUUCUAUGUCGAUCAGUGCCAGCUCCCAGAGUAGCUCGGUCAACAGUCUGGCAGACGGCUCAGAUGACAGCGGGGAGAUGGCCAUGAUGCAGGAGGGAGAGAGCACAGUCAUCUCUAACAGCUCCGUCCUGCACAAGCCCAUGAGCCACGACAACAUCUAUGACGAUCCCUAUCAGCCAGAGCUCGACUCUCAGCGAGAAGCUUCAUCUGCUGGUGGCGGCGGCGGAGGUGGAGGGGGCAGACGUCGACGUGGCCGAGACCAUUUUGCCACCAUCAGGACCGCCUCACUGGUCACCCGUCAGAUCCAGGAACAUGAGCAGGGCUCAGCCCUCAGAGAGCAGAUGUCCGGAUAUAAGCGAAUGCGGCGGCAGCACCAGAAGCAGCUGAUGGGCCUGGAGAAUAAGCUGAAGGCCGAGAUGGACGAACAUCAGCUGAGACUUGACAAAGAGCUGGAGAAUCUGAGGAACAGCUUCUCAGUGGAAGGAGAAAAACUCACCAAGAAGCACCAGGCUAUCCUGGAGAAAGAGGGAAAGGCAGUUGUGGCUGAGGAAAAGAAGUUCCAGCAGCACAUACUUGGACAGCAAAAGAAGGAAUUGACCGCCCUCUUGGAUUCCCAGAAACGGCAGUAUCGCCAGCGCAAGGAGCAGCUCAAGAGGUGCUUCUGAGAACUCAAUGAAAACCAGUCAACACCAAAGCGGGAGAAGCAGGAGUGGUUGGUGCAUCAGAAGGAGUGUCUGCAGCAGCGGCAGGCUGAGGAAGAGGCAGGGCUGCUGCGGAGGCAGAGGCAGUAUUAUGAGGUGCAGUGUCGCCAGUACAAGAGGAAGAUGCUGCUAGGACGCCACAACCUGGAGCAGGACCUGCUCAGAGAGGAUCUGAACAAAAAGCAGACUCUGAAGGAUUUGGAGUGUGCCAUGCUGCUGCGUCACCAUGAAUCCACCCAGGAGCUGGAGUUCCGCCAGCUGAGUUUGGUGCAGCGUACGCGGGCCGAGCUGAUCCGCACGCAGCACCAGACGGAGCUCACCAACCAGAUGGAGUAUAACAAGAGGCGUGAGCAAGAGCUGCGUCAGAAACACGCCAUGGAGGUCCGCCAACAGCCCAAGAGCCUCAAAUCCAAAGAGCUUCAGAUCAAGCGUCAGUUCCAGGACACCUGUAAGAUCCAAACCCGCCAGUAUAAGGCCCUGCGCAACCACCUCCUGGAGAACACGCCCAAGUCAGACCACAAGGCCGUGCUGAAGCGGCUGAAGGAUGAGCAGACUCGUAAGCUGGCCAUCCUGGCCGAGCAGUAUGACCACUCCAUCAAUGAUAUGCUGUCCACACAGGCUCUGCGAUUAGAUGAGACUCAGGAAGCAGAGUACAAGGUGUUGCGGAUGCAGCUGCAGCAGGAGCUGGAGUUACUUAACGCCUACCAGAGCAAGAUCAAGAUCCACACUGACACGCAGCACGAGAGAGAGGUCAAGGACCUGGAGCAGAGGGUGUCCAUCCGCCGGGCUCUGCUGGAACAGAGGAUCGAGGAGGAGAUGUUGUCCCUGCAGAACGAGCGCUCUGAGCGUAUUCGCACCCUGCUGGAGCGACAGGCCAGCGAGAUCGAGUCUUUUGAUGCAGAGAGCAUGCGUCUGGGUUUCAGCAACAUGGCGCUGACGGGCAUUCCCAGCGAAGCCUACCCCAAGCAGGGCUACUCCAAUGCUCCGCCCUCCAGCUCCCGCUCUGCUGGCCACUGGAGUCACGGCAUCCACCCGCAGAACCCGCCAUCGCAGCAGCUCUCCCGCCGCAGCCACAACAGCGGCAUCGGUGGCGGGGCAGGGGACCGCAGGAGUGAGUCCUCUUCAUCCCACGGCCUGGGAAUGGCCCUGGGGCUGGGGCGGGAAGGGAGGGAGAUGCACCAUUCGUCCCGCUCUUCUGCCUCUUCUUCCUCCUCCUCCUCAUCCUCGUCUUCCUCGCACCACCAGCGCCACCAUCUGCCCCAGCACUACCACCACCAGAGCACGCCACAGCUCUAUCGCGAGCGGGAGAGGGAUCGAGAUAGGGAGCGGGAGAAGGAGAGGGAGCGGGAGUGGGCCGGCGUGCGAGGCUCCGGCGGCGACCUGGCCCACCCACACCCCCUGCCCUUCUCCCAUCACCUUCCCUCGCGCUCCUCCUCUCAGUCCCUGGCCAUGCUGCCUCCCCCACCACCUGCUCCUCCCUCCAUCUCCGGUCCAUCCUCCUCUUCUUCUUCUUCCUCCUCCUCGCAGGGGGGGAUUUAUGGUGGCAGUGGUCUUGGUGUGCGUGGCGCCCCCAGUCUGAUGGCUCUGAGGAACAGCCCCCAGCCUCUGAGGAGGACGGCGUCUGGAGGGGGGCCCGGAGGCGCCGGAGGUAGUGACGGCGUCCUGAGCCGAAGCACCUCAGUCACUUCGCACAUCUCCAACGGCUCCCACCUCUCUUACUCUUAGAAAACAGGCAGUAAAGAGCAGAAAGGCUGGUAGGAAGAAGGGUGGGAGCAAUUUAGGAAGGUAGCUACCACAGGUUGCAUCUCAAUAGUCUCAGCUUGCCACCUUUCUUUCUUUCCUGGACUGAUCUCAAUUCUAACUCUAAUGCAGAGGAUUUAGGGAUAUCACCCUUUUCUCUUAAUGCACAGAAAGUCAAAGAGAUCAGAAGCAAAAAGAGAGGACAAACUGACAUUAUUGAGCUGCACCCUGCCUCUUUAGACUCAGGGUGGGUAGAGAGGUUUUCUUCCAUUCCCACAGGUAUCAAAGAGGGAGGGAGGGAGGAAUGUAACCACCUGUAAUACCACUGGAUUAGGGUGACAGGUUAAAAAAAAAAAGAUGAGGGUUCUGUUUAAUGUUUUUACCUUUGUAUAAAAGUGAGAUAGGGCGUGUGAAAGACGGGACAUUUAGCCUUUUUUUUUUUUUCCUCCUGGAGCUGCAGAGAGAGGGCAGCCAUGUCUUCUUCUAUGAUGUUCUUUGCCGGAAUGGAGAAAGAGAGAGGACAAGGGAGGAAACAAGGACGAUGUUUUGUUGCAUUGUGGAUGUACUUGUAUGUAGUUUGUAGUGUCCAGAUAUUAUCCAGCAAGCACCCAUAAAUGGGAUACUCUGAAUGGGCAGAAUCCAAAAAAAAAAAAAAAUUAGAAAAGAUGGGUUACUUUAAUCUCCAGCCUUCUGGAGUUUGGAAAACACUUUUUAUUGCUUUAAACUUUUGAGCUUUUGUUGAUUUCAUUUUUUUAUUAAGUGUAAAAAAAAGUACAAAAAAAAAAAAAAAACACAAAAAAGUUGCUUGGAACGUCACCAAUGCCUUUAAGGGGUUCUUAAAGGGAUGUCGUGCCAUCCGAAUUUUUAUUUGAUGACUGCAAGAUGAUUUAAAGCUGAAUACAAAUACGCAGAAUGUUUGUAAAGUCAAGAGACUCUCCUAAAAAUGCAGCCGGGAUGAGGAGAAAUCUUUAUGUGGAAAUGUACAAAUACAUAUGAGAAAAAAAAAAAAAAAGCUUUCUGGCAUCCAUGACGUAUUGAGUAUCUAAACAACAUAGGUGUCUAUGGGAGUCACUCCAAUUGCAUGAAAUAGAUGUGCAAACAAAAAAAAAAAAGGAAAAAAAAUUUGUAAACAUGACCAAACACAUUUGAAAUGUACUGUAAUUGUCCAAGUUUCACUGGGAUUUAAGAUCACUCAUCCCACUUUUUUUUUUUUAUCUUUACUGUACAUAUUUAUGGGAAUAUUAAAAACAAAAACAAAAAAAUUUGGUUUUAUAGAGUAACAAAGAUGAUGAAAUUUUGAUAUAUUCAAAAAUGACUAUUGCAUUCAAGAUUUAGACUGACAGCUCCAGUUGCAUUUUCUAUAGGUGUCAAUAUUACCAUAACUAAUCCUGAUGUAAGUGUUGUUGUAACCAUGUUCACAUUUUUCUUGCGAGAAGCAAAGGGCCCACUUUUGGCUGUGUAACAAAAAACAAAACAAACAAAAAAAAAAAAAGCUGAUUAAAAACUGUUGUCAGGUGUGGUGUGCGUUCAAGGUCUUAAUGAUUAUUAAUAAGAGAUUAUUAAUAAUUGUUAAUGAUUUUUGUAUGUGUGUCGAGUUAUAUUACCACUUUUUUUUAAGACUGAAUUCAAAGAGACACUCCUACAACAACAACAACACCCCCACUAUUCACGUGAACUCAGACCUCUUCUUCUGAACUCUCAGAGGUAAAAAAAAAAAAAAAAAAAAAUUGGCCACUGGAAUGUAAAUGCUGGUUUUCCUUCCUAUUUAUUUGUUUUCGGGGUUAAGCUGAGAAUCUGACUGCUGAAGGGUGCAGGAUACAAUCAGUGUUUUACUUGUUUGUUUGUUUUUUUUUUUUUUUUUUUUAAAUGGCAGAGGAGGAAGAGGAAGCGAAAGGACGGGUCUCGACCGAGCUGCUGUGGAGGUGCACCCUCUUGUGCCGGCACAGCAGCAGUGACAGCAGCAGCCCGUCCACAUAGACCCAUCAGUGUUCAGUGUGAGGCCCAGAGGGUUCAUCUGCUACCUUCUCAUGGGUUGCCGUUUACUUGAAGAUUUUUUUUUUUUUUUGCUGUUUUUAUUACUAUUAUUACUAUAAUUUAAAAAAAAAAUGGGGGGAAAAAAAGAUAAUCACCCUGCUGUUUGUAUGACUCAGAAACACCAGCUCAAGACAAUUCCCUGUAUAACCUACUACUUUAUGCUUGGUUGGAAUCUCAGUGCAUGCAUAAACUCCUUAUAUAAACUAAGACUGGUGGAUUGGAGACGGCCAUUGUGUGUGGGAAAUUGGUGUGAUUGUGUUUUUGGACGGGUUGUCGUCAGUGUUGGUGAGCCCGGAUGAAGGAUGAUGGAUGAGGAUGCAACACACUCAGCGGUGCUUUGCAGAGAUUUUGGGGGUGUUGAAAUUUAAAUAUUCAAAUCAAGCAGUUCCAAGCUUGAGGAAGGAGAGGAAGAAAGGUCUUAACACAUGUACUGGAAAAGAAAUGGGGGUGCUUUAAAAAGUAAUUAAAAAAAGGUAAUAAAUUGAUAUUAACACAUUAACUUGUCUUGAUUUGAUUACUGAUUCUGGAGUAAUAUUUAAGUAUUAAAAAGUCCUAAAUGAUCUUGGUUUCAGUUUCUAAAGUGUGAAUGUGUCCUUUUUUAUGUUAUUGCAGGGAUCUUUGUCAUUUCAUAAAACUAAUUUUUUUAGGUGGUAGGGAAGAGAAGGCUCAAAAACUGUGGAGGACCAAAACUGCUAAAAUUAAAAGAAUUUUAAUAAAUGA